GCUUGAUUCAUCAACUGAGAUGCAAGAGAUAUCGUUCAUCGAUACAGCUUCUCUGACCUUUUUUGCAACAGAUCUUGCACGACACAGCUGUUUGGGGCAUACUACGUCUAGUUACUCCGUGUCAGAGAGGGCCUGCUGUGAUUUUGAGACGACAAGCUUACCGAAUGCAAAUGUUUGAAUGCUACACACAGGGCCCAUCCAUCAAAUGCUGUCAUGCUGUGCUGCUGGGAGGGCUUUUCACCAGGCAAGAGUAGAGUGCCAAGGAUCGAGUCACUUGAAGCUGCAUCAGUCACUCCUGAGCAGACAGCGAAGUUGAGAGACUUUAGACGAUCGCUUCCAGCUGGGCAUGGCGAUGUGCCAGACUAUGAUUUGCUGCGCUUCCUGCGAGCGCGAAAAUGGGAUGUCUCUGCAGCCCUGCAGCAGUUUGAGGAGACCCUGCAGUGGAGGCAGCAGCAUCACAUUGAUGAUUUCAGGGCCAAAGCGCCUGGACCUUUUGAAGAUGUGCAGGACCCUCAGCUCUUUUGCGACGGAAUGGAGUGCUUCCCUCAGCUGCGGCUGGUGAAGCCACGUGAGGAUGAGGGCGCUUGGCUGUACUAUGGCAUGACAGUCACCGCUGGCUUUGACAAGGAAGGGCGCCCGAUCCAUUUACAGCAGGCUGGCCUGGCCAGUCAGAGAUUUGCCGCAAUGUACUCCUUCGCCGGGAAAGAUCCGACCUACAAGAUCAUAUAUGACGGAUAUGUUCGUGCACAGGAGAGCCAAGCUGCGCGUAUGCAAGAGUCUUCAGCUCGACUUGGGAGGCGUGUGACACAGCAGGUUGUCAUUAUGGACUUCAAAGGCCUGAGCUUUUGGCCGGAUCCGAGGGCUCUUGCCGUUUUUAAGGAUUUCCUGAGUGUCAGCCAGCGGUACUAUCCGGAGACAUUGGGGAUCCAGUUUUUCCUGAACACUCCGCCGGUCUUUCUUGCAAUCUGGCGUCUCAUCAAGGAGUGGAUUGAUCCAGUGACUGCUAGCAAGAUGCAUUUGCUGGGCUCAGAUUUCCAGCGCGAGCUGCUUGAGUACAUUCCUGCAGAUCAGCUGCCUGUGGCGUACGGUGGAACAAAUUCUUGGGAUGUCUUCAACUGGCCCCCCGACAUUGACGAGUUCCGGCGCCGCUACGCGCAGUAUGCAGAGGCGGCAGAAAGGCUGCCUGGAAGGAGUCAAGUGUACAAGCCACAAGACCGCAAGGCCAAGACCACUGUUCUGUCAAUCAGCUGCGGGCUGUGAACCUCCUAGCGCUGGCUGCGGUAGUUUCGGUGUGCGUGUGUGCGGAAACUGCAUUUGCCAAUGCUCUCGAGGACGCGAAACAAAAUCGAUCGCUGACGCCCACCUGGGCGGUGUUUGUUUUGCUGCUAUCCAUGAUUGCCGCUUUUGUCCGAGUGAUGUAAGAGUAAGUGCCUGUUGCUGGCUUUGUCCGAGCAUUCUAGUCUACCAUUUUCCAGAAAAAGCUCGGCUGCAUUGGAAUGGUAUUUCCACAGCAACUAAGCUUCGCUGGUGGAAUCUGCCGAAUUGGUUCUAAGGCUGCUGCCCAAGACGGUCAGCAGCUUUUCCAUUUGAAUUCACGUGAGAGUCGACAAGCUCCGAAUGUUUAAUGAAACAACGUCUCGG